ACCGACGCCUCCGCAGCAGGGAUGGAGGUGAUGGACAGCUGCAAGUUCUCCCCGUCCGAGCUCUUCUACGACAGCUCCUGCCUCUCCUCCCCGGAGGGCGAGUUCCCCGAGGAUUUUGAGCCCAGGGAUCUGCCUCCUUUCAGCGCCCACGGGCCCCCCGAGCCCGCCUGCUCCGAGGAAGAGGAGCAUGUCCGAGCUCCCACUGGCCACCACCAAGCUGGUCACUGCCUCAUGUGGGCUUGCAAAGCCUGCAAAAGAAAAUCCACCACAAUGGACCGGCGGAAGGCAGCCACCAUGAGGGAGAGGAGGAGGCUGAAGAAAGUGAACCAGGCUUUUGAGACCCUGAAGAGAUGCACCACUGCCAACCCCAACCAAAGACUCCCCAAAGUAGAGAUCCUGAGAAACGCCAUCAGAUACAUCGAGAGCCUCCAGGAGCUCUUGAGGGAACAGGUAGAAAACUACUAUCACCUGCCGGGACAGAGUUGCUCCGAACCGACCAGCCCCACUUCCAGCUGCUCCGAUGGGAUGGUAAGACAGAGGCAGGACCCGUAGGGCUGUGGGGCCCCCGUUUGGUCGGCGGGAGGCAGCAGCUUCGAGGCCGUGUACUGCGCCGAGAUGGCCCACGGCUACGCCGCCGAGCAGAGCAGCGCCCUGUCCAGCCUGGACUGCCUCUCCAGCAUCGUGGACCGCCUCUCCCCGGCCGAGGAGCCGGGGCUGUCGCUCCGCGACGCCGGCUCCCUCUCGCCCAGCGCCAGCACGGACUCGGGGCCGGAGACGCCCGGGACGCCGCUGCCCCGACGGACCUACCAGGCGCUAUGAGGGGCCGGAGGGUGGCACUCCCUGGGCCGGGGCCGCCCCCGAAGAACGCUUCUGGGGCGACAGGGGCAGCCCCGGAGCCCCUCGGGCCGCCCUUCCCUCGGGGCUGCAGGCAAAGCGUCCCCCGGCCGGGAUCGCCCGCACCCCGCAGGGCAGGCAGAGCCGCGGCCGGGACACACGCGCUGCCCUGGAAUCCCCGCUGCAAAUAAAACGUGC